AUGUCGCGGGACUUGCAAUCCCGCCGGUUCUCCAACCGGUCGAAUCGCAGCUCACGGCUACCCGUCUACACUGACGACGACGACGACGCGGCGUUCGAAGCCUGGCUGCGGGAGCAGGAGCGGGAGGAGGCGGGAGGGGGUAGCGGAAGAGGCGGAAAGGCGACUAAAACAGGGAAAUCGGAUGUCAAAUCAAGGAAAACAGAUGCAAAAACAAGCGAGAAAAGAGGUGGUGGUAAGGGGAAGGAGAGGCGAUCAGAGACGGUGAAAGCAGAACCCUCCGCGUCUCCAAGAGCAGCAGGGGGGGAAAAGCUGGAUGGCGCAACGACGGCCACGGGGAAGGGUGGGAAGGCGGGGGGAAGCGGAAGUGCGGGGAAAGCCGAGGGGAAGACGGGGAGGGGUGGCGAAGAGGCGAUGGAGGGGGUGGAGGUGGGAGAUGAGCAGGGGGGGGAUGAAGAGGCAGCUAAGGUGGAUGCUGACGUGUCAGAGGAGGAGGCUGAGGGGGAUGCUGACGUGUCAGAGGAGAAGGCUGGGGGGGAUGCUGACGUGUCAGGAGAGGAAGCUGAGGUGGCUGCGGAGGACGAUGACGUGUGCGAGGUGUGCGGGGGCGAUGGAGAGUUGCUGAUGUGUGACGCGUGCCCCGCUGUGUACCAUCUGUACUGCCUGCACCCGCCUCUCUCCCACGUGCCUGAAGGCGCCUGGUUCUGCCCCAAAUGCGGCCAUGACUGGUCAGCAGUGGAGCGGUUUUUGGGCGUGAGAGAGGUGGAGCAGGGGGGCGAGGGGGGCGGAGAGGGUGGUGAGGGAAGAGAGGUGGCGGUGGAUGGGGGGACCAGAGAGGGGGUUGGUGAUGGCAAGAGGAGUGGCGAUGGUGGUAGAGAUGGCCAUGACAGUGGAGGGCGGGGUGAGAGGAGGCGAGUGGAGGAGUAUUUGAUCAAGUGGAGGGACAAGUCGCACAUUCAUUGCACCUGGUAUACUCCUGUUCCUCUUGUUGAACCUCCCUCCGACCCCGUUUCUCUCCCUCACACACGCUCCUUAACUCUCAUUCGGACUACUCGGGUGGGAGCUACAGCAUUGGAGGCAGCAGCAAAGAGCUUUCCGGGGCUUAAAGCCCGGAUGAGGAACUACCUGCGGCAGAGGGCAGAGGCAGCAGCACAGAGCGCACUGUACGGGGAUGGGGAGGAGGACCCGGAGGAGAGUGGGGCGGUGCCAGUGCUGCGACCUGACUGGCUGGUUGUGGAGCGAAUUGUCAACGCCAAGAAGAACCGCAAGGGGCAGCAGGAGUACUUAGUUAAGUGGCGAGAGUUGGGGUACGACGAGGCUACCUGGGAGACAGAGGAGGAUUUGCGGAGCAAAGGAAGAGAGCCGGCCAAUGGCAUGAAAGAAGAGCAAAAGGAGGGGUUGAAGGAUGGGGCGAAGGAUGGUGAUCAAGGGAAGAAAGGGUCAGGAGGAGAUGGAAAAGGGAAGAAGGGUGUGAGAAAGAAAGGAGAGGAGGAGAGUGGUGAGGCAGUUGUAGAAGGUUUCGAGGAGGCUCUUAAGGAGUAUGAGGAGAUGAUGGCGAGAGGACCUAAAGCAGUGGCGUGGGGACUGGUGGGCGGGGGAGAGGGAGCGGGUAAGGAGGCAGAGAGGGGAGUGCAGAAGAGGAAGCGAAUGGAGUUCAAGGAAACACCCGGCUUUCUGAAAGGUAUGCUGCACCCGUACCAGCUGGAGGGGCUCAACUGGCUGCGAUUCGCCUGGCAGCAGAAGCAGCACGUGAUUCUGGCGGACGAGAUGGGGCUGGGCAAGACAGUGCAGGCAAUCUCCUUCCUCGCAUCCCUGCACGAGGAGAGGGCCACAGCACUCCCUCACAUGGUGGUCGUGCCGCUCUCAACUCUGCGCAACUGGCAGCGCGAAUUUGAAACUUGGGCGCCCCACCUGCGCGUGAUGAUGUAUGUGGGAACAGGAGCAGCAAGAGCAUUGAUUCGAGAACACGAGUUCUUCUUCCCCUCCUCCUACACGCCUCCCCCUCCUCCUUCAACCAAGGAUACGCGCACGCAAGGGAAGCAGGUGAAGGGCGGGAAGAAGGGGAAAGGUGGCGAGAAAGGGAAGGGUGGAGAGAGCAAGAAGCGUGGACACAAAGGGAAAGGUGGGAAGGUCGGGAGGGAGGUAUCACGACAGGUGCAGCGGCCCAAGAGGAAACGAAAGAGUGGGAGGAUGGUGCUGUCUUCUGAGUCUGAGAAGUCUGAGGAGCCCUCUGGCGGGUCAGAUGGGGAUAGUGAGGAUGAGGUGGAAGAGGUUGGAGUGCUGGAGGAUAUGGAGGGAGGAGGCGAGGAGGAAAGGGAGGAGGAGGAAGAGGAGGAGGAGGAAGAGGAGGAGGAGGAAGCGGAAGAGGAGGAGGAAGAGCAGGCAGGGAAGAGUAGACGCAGGCAGAUGGGGACGAGGGCUUCCCACAGUGUUACGAGAGAGCAAGAUAGGGAGGCAAGGAGCAGGGGUGUGAUGAGAAGCGAUAGUACAGGGAGGGAUGUUAGGGGUCGGGAGAAGGGCAGGCUAAGAGAAGUGAAGGGAACGAAGGAUCGAGGGAAGAAGAGAGGAAGGGAGAUGAAGCAACAGCAGCAACAGAAGGGGCGGAAGCGGCGGAGGGGAGAGUCAGCAUCGUCAUCAGAUGAGUCUUCUGAUGAGGAUGAUGAGGAGUAUGUGGUGGUGGCAGAGGAGGGGAGUGGGGAGAAGGAGAGUGAGGAGGAGGCGAGUGAAGAGGAGGGUAGUGAGAAUGAGGAGGAGGAAGAGGAAGAGGAGGAAGAAGAGGACGAGGAGGAAAUGCCACUGAGCAAGCGGGCGAAGGCAGAAGCAGGGGGGGGCGGCAGCAUCAAGGGGGGCAGCAAACGCAUUCCCCCUGGUGGGCGCAUGCAGCAGCAACAGCAACUGUCCCGGCAGGAGCGGGUGAGGUUUGACGUGCUUCUGACGUCAUACGAGGCGGUGAACAGUGACUCGCAGCAGCUGAGGCAGGUGCGGUGGGGGUGCCUGGUGGUGGACGAAGGGCACCGCCUGAAGAACAAGGAGAGUAAGCUGUUUGGGACGCUGCAGAGCUAUUCGUCCCUGCACCGCCUGCUGCUCACCGGCACUCCCCUGCAGGUGACUAGCGAGUUGUGCUGUGCCCAUUUCUGGCAUGGGGUUGAAGAGAGGGUGGGGUGGUGGGUAGCGUUGGUGCGGUGGGGGUGCGUGGUGGUGGACGAGGGGCACCGGCUGAAGAACAAGGAGAGCAAGCUGUUUGGGACGCUGCAGAGCUACUCCUCCCUGCACCCCCUGCUGCUCACCGGCACUCCCCUGCAGAACAAUCUGGACGAACUUUUCAUCCUCAUGCACUUCCUCGAUGCCGAUAAGUUUGCGAGUCUGGAGGGGUUUCAGGGCGAGUUCCAGCAGCUGGGGCAGGAGGAGCAGGUGGCCAAGCUGCAUCACCUGCUGGCGCCACACCUGCUCAGGCGGCUGAAGAAGGACGUGUUGAAGCAGAUGCCGCCCAAGAAGGAGCAGAGCCAUGAAAAUGACACCCUCACCACCACCUUAUAUGUUGCUCUCCAUUUCUCUUUCCCCGUCCACUCUCCACCCGGUAUUCUCCCAGGGCUGAAGAAGGACGUGUUGAAGCAGAUGCCGCCCAAGAAGGAGCAGAUUCUGCGUGUGGACUUGGCGCCGCUGCAGCGCUCGCUGUACCGAGCUGUGCUCACCCGCAACUACCAGGCUCUCACCAAGGCGUCUGGGCAGCAGGUUCUCACCAAGGCGUCGGGGCAGCAGGUACGUUUUACGCAGGGAACGCUGUACUUCUGCUCCUUACUUAUAGCAGCACUGCACUGUGCUCACUCGCAUCACAACUACCAGGUGCUUACCAAGGCGUCCGGGCAGCAGCGUAUACGGCUGUUACCACCCUUUACUUACCUUCAUCUCCCCUCACGAGUCACAGGUAUGCCUGACCAACACAAUGAUGCAGCUGAGGAAGGUGUGCUGCCACCCGUGCCUGGUGAAGGGCGCAAAGAGUGUCACCUGUUCCUGCUGUGCCCGGUAUCGCUGACCAACACAAUGAUGCAGCUGAGGAAGGUGUGCUGCCACCCGUUCCUGGUGGAGGGCGUGGAGGGGGUGCUGUCUGCAUCUCCUCUUCUCAUCUCCCGUUGUUAUUACCUUGCCUUCACCCCCCCCCCAGGUCUCCCUCACAAACACAAUGAUGCAGCUGAGGAAGGUGUGCUGCCACCCGUUCCUGGUGGAGGGCGUGGAGGAGCAGCACGGAGGCGGAGAUACCCCAGCAGAAGCCAGCCGGUUAGUGACGGUGGGGUGGGGGGGGGGAAAUGGCCGCACAGAGAGACCACAGCUAAGGAAGAUGUGCUGGCACCCGUUCCAUGGAAGGGGCACGAGGAAGAAGUGGGAAAGGAGGGUUUUCACUCACCCUCUCCUGCUGGCACACUCUCACUCCAUGUACUUGUCUUCUUUCCCCGGCAUAUGGUGGCAGCAUCCUACUGGAUGUCGGUGCGACUUUUGAGGCGCAUGGUGGUGGCAUCAGACAAGCUGGCUCUGCUGGAGCGAAUGCUGGAGCAGCUCAAGGCCGGGGCACCUUGUGCUGGUGCACUCACCUUGCCCCUGUUCCCUCCCUGUCCCUUGUUCCUCUCCAUGCACUUCCCUCCCAGGCGCAUGGUGGUGGCAUCAGACAAGCUGGCUCUGCUGGAGCGAAUGCUGGAGCGGCUGAAAGCGGGGGGGCAUCGCGUGCUGGUGUACUCGCAGUUCAAACGCAUGCUGGACCUGCUGCAGGAGUGGCUCAUGGGCAAGGUGGGUGGCUCAUGGGCAAGCUGUGCUGGUGUCUCUGUGCUGGUGUACUCGCAGUUCAAGCGCAUGCUGGACCUGCUGCAGGAGUGGCUCCUGGGCAAGGUGGGUAGCUGGGUGGUGGGGAGGGGAAGUUCAAGCGCAUGCUGGACCGACCUGCUGCAGGAGUGGCUCAUGGGCAAGGUGGGUGGCUCAUGGGCAAGGUGGGUGGCUCAUGGGCAAGGUGGGUGGCUCAUGGGCAAGGGCUGGGGGUGUGAGCGCAUAGACGGCAGCGUGAGCGGCACGGACCGGCAGCAGCGAAUCGACCGGUUCAAUGCUCCCGGGUCUAGCCGCUUUGUGUUCCUGCUCUCCACGCGCGCUGGUGGGCUGGGGAUCAACCUCGCCACUGCUGACACUGUGAUUAUAUACGACAGUGACUGGAAUCCGCAUGCAGAUCUGCAGGCCAUGGCUCGCGCGCACAGGCUGGGGCAGACCCAAACGGUGAUGAUAUACCGGCUGGUGACGCGGGCAACAGUGGAGGAGCGAAUGGUGCAGAUGAGCAAGAAGAAGAUGGUGCUGGAGCAUGUGGUGGUGGGGAAGCUCAAACAAUCCAACCUCAACCAGGAGGAGUUGGAUGACAUUUUGCGAUUCGGAGCAAAGGAGUUGUUUGAAGAGGAUGAUGAGGAGGAGGACGAGGGGAAAGGAGGGGAGGAAGGGGAAGAAGGGAAAGAGGCAAAGGAGGGAGAGGGGAAGAAAGAGGAGGAAGGUGGUGGGGAGGUGGCAGGAGACAAGGCUGGAGAAGGCAGUAAGGAUGCUGACAAGGACGCUGACAAGGAUGCUGACACGGAUGCUGACAAGGAUGCUGACAAGGAUGCUGAGAAAGGAGCAGCCGGGGACGAGAAACUGAAGGAGAAGAAAAAGCAGAAGGAGAGCCGGCGGAUCUACUACGAUGAUGCUGCUAUUGAGAGGCUGUUGGAUCGCAGCACAGUGGGCGAGGAGCAGGCGCAGGAUGAGCCGGACAAUGACUCAACUACCUUAAGGCAUUCAAGGCUGUUGGAUCGCAGCACAGUGGGCGAGGAGCGGGCGGAGGAUGAGCCGGACAACGACUACCUCAAGGCAUUCAAGGUUGCCAAUUUCAGCUUUGUAUCCGAAGCAGAUCAAGCUGAGGCGGACGCAGAGAAGGAGAGAGAGCUGGAGCGGGAAAGGCAAAGAGAACAGGAGUUGGCAGGGGAGGGGGAGAGAGACGGCAAACGCUUAGACGCUGCAGGAAGAGCCGCGUACUGGGAGUCACUGCUGAAAGACAAAUACGAGGCGGAACAAAUAGAGGCGUUUUUGGAGCUGGGGAAGGGAAGGCGGGCGAGACGACAUGUGGAUUACACGGUUGAUGGGGAGGAGGAGGGGGAGCAGGCGGGGGGUAAGAAGGGGGAGAGAGGGGGGAAGGGGGAGAAAGGGGGGGAAGGGGAGGGGGAUGAGGCAUAUGAUGAGGAUGGGGAGGAGGACGACGGGGAGGAUGGGGAGAGUGAUGUGGAGCUUGAGGAGGAGAGUAUGGGGAGGGGUAGGAAGAGGAAGGUUAGGUACGGGAAGCCGGUUCCCGCUACCUCUCCUGGUGUUGCUGUGGGAGGGGCGGGAGGAGGGGGGAGUGCAGGGGAAGUGAGGAGGAAAGUGUGGCCGUUGAUGGAGGGGGCAUGGCCGUACACCAAGGUGCUGGGAUUCACAUCCAAGCAGCGCAUGACCUUCCAACAGCUCAUCAUGCGGUUCGGGAUCGGUGAUUUCAGCUGGAAGGAGUUCGUGCCUCGACUCAAGCCGCGCACCCUGCAGGAGAUAAAAGACACUGCUGCACUGUGCACCCAGUACGAUCAUCGCUCUUCUAUCCUACACGGAGUUCCCAAGGAGGGCGUGAGUCCCAAGGAGGUGCUCAUCCGCCUGGCCCUUCUGCAUCUCAUUCCCCUCUCCUUCCCCUCUCACUUCCCCCAUCCCCAUCCCCAUCUCCUCUUCUCCUCCCUCCCCACCUCCUUCGUCCUCCCCCCGCCACCAGACGGAGUGCCCAAGGAGGGCGUGAAUCCGCAGGAGGUGCUCAUCCGCCUGGCCCUGCUGCACCUCAUUCGCACCAAGGUGGCCGCGGCUGAGAGCACCCGGGAGAGGCUGCGGGAGAGGGUCAGGGCGAGGAGGCUGGCCAAGGGUGGGAGUGCAGAGGGAAGGGGUGUGGAAGAGAGGGAUGCAGACGCGAGUGGUGUGGAGUGUAGGGUCGCAGAGGCAGCAGCGGGAGGCGCAGCAACAAAAGAGGCAGCAGCAGCAGCAGCAGCACCUUUUGGGAACGAAGAGGCUGUUAGGAAGGCGGGUGAGGAAGUGUGCGGAGGCACGGUGGGCGAAGGAAAAGGGGAUGUGCCUUCAGAAAUGGAGGGCGUGACUUUGGGUGGUGGGGAAGGGGAUGAGAAGGGAGAGGGGGGGCGUGGAGGGGUGGCGGGGGAAGGGAAGGGGGAUGGGCGUUCAGAGAUGGAGGGCGUGGAGGGAAAUGCGAAGGGGGCUGAGAAGCGGGAAGAGGGAAACGUUGAUCUGGGUAUGAAGGGAGAAGGAGGUAAGGGAGAGGGAGGGAAGGGAGAGGAAGGGAAGGGAGAGGGGGGGAAGGGAGAGGAAGGGAAGGGAGAGGGAGGGAAGGGAGAGGAAGUGAGGGGAGAGGGAGAGGGCGACAAGGGAGGGAGGAGAGAGGGCGAGGUGGAGGGUGGUAAGGAUGAGGGUGAAAAGAAGGAGGGUAGAAAGAAGGAGGGUGAGCAGGAGGACGGGUUGGAAAAAGAAGCAGAAGCGGUGGAGCUGGGUUGGGAGGAGUUGCUGCCGGGGCUACCAGAGCACCUGAAGAGUCACAGCCAGUUGGCGCCGCUGUUCCGCACGCGGCACUGGCGGGCCGAGCACGACCUGCAGCUGCUGAAAGGCAUCACCAAGCACGGCUACGAGUGGUGGAGUGGCGUGGCAUUAUCAAUGACCGCUCUUAGCCAUGCCACUUGCCGCCGGCACGGCUACGGGCGGUGGAGUGACAUCAUCAACGACGAUAAAUUGGGCCUCGCUGACGUGGCACGCGCUGAGCUGUUGCUGCCGCCCGCCCCGCCCCGCAACAUGAUUGGCCUUUCCCUUGAGGACAUCCCGGCGAAUCCACCUACCCCAGUUGCCACCUCGGCUGCCCAGCCCACCAAUCCUGGUGAUGCACCUACCAGACCUAGUGCGGUGACCACCAAUCCUGUUGCUUCGACCACCGGUCCUGCUGAUGCACCCACCAAACCUGAUGCUGUGACAACCAACCCUGGGGGAGUGGUUGGUGGUGGGGAGGUUGCAAUGGGUGACGUGGCAGGUUCUAGGGCGGAGGGGAGAGCAGAGGGGAAGGCGGCAACAGUGCAAGAGGGUGCUGAGGGGGAUCGCAUGAUUGCGGGUUUGAAAGCUAAAACAAGUGCUGCUGCUGGUGCCAGUGGUGCUGAUGGUGGUGCUAGUGGUGUCGAUGAUGCUGAUAAGCGCGUGACGAUGGAGGAAGGAACAGAGGGAGUGAAGGAGGAAUUGAAGGAAGAAGUGAAGGAAGAAACGAAGGAGGGAGCAAGUGAGAAGGAAACGAAAGAAAGAGAGGAAAUGAAGGAGGAAGCAAAGGAUGAAACGAAGGAGGAAACAAAGGCGGAAGUGAAGGGAGAAGUGAAGGGGGAAGCAAUGGAGGGAGGGAAGGAGGAAACGAAGGAGGAAGCAGCGGACAGGGGAGCAGCGAAAGCAGAACCAGAGAGGCUGAACCGCACUACAGCAGCAGAUGCAGGUAGCACUGGGGCAGGUGUGACUGCAGAUACCAUUCAGACUGCAAUUGACGUGGUGGUAACUGAACUAAAGAGCCGCCAGCAGCAGCAGCAGCAGCAGCAGCAGGUGGGGGUGGGGAUGCGGCAGCAGCUGCAGCAGCAGCGGCUGCGGCAGAAGGAGCAGCAGGAUAUUGUGAUGCAGUUGCAGCAGGGGCUGCAGACUCAACAACAACAAACUCAGGCUCAAUCACACCAGCUACCGCAGCAAAACGAGCAGCAGAAACAACAGCAGCAGCAGCAGCGGCAGCAGCAGCAGCAGAAAAAAGAGCAGCAGGAUCCCAAGGGCAGUGUGCCAUGGACAGAGCCAUAUGUAAUCGGCACUCCAGCCACGCAUGCUGCUGCUGCUCCAGCGGCUACCACAGCUGCUGCCCUUGCCAGUCGCCUGCAAGCUACCUCCUCCGUCAAGGCCCCUCAGAACCAGUCCGAAGCUGGAUUAGCAGCAGCUCAGAACCGCUCUGAAUCUACUUCCCAGGAGCCGCAAGAGGAGGCGGAGUGUGACCCGUAUGUAGCGCUCAUCCGCCGGCUCAACGCAGAAGCUGAGGCAGCUGCAGGGGAGAAUGCAUCCUCUGAUUCCAAUGCCGAAGCGGAGGCAGCUGUAGCAGAGGGGGAUAAUCCACCUUCCGAUUCCAAGGUCGAGGCUGUAGCGGUGGGAGCGGCUUGGGACAAUGCAUGUGCUGAUCCUGGGGAGGAGGUUGUAGCAGCCAGGGAGAGUGUGAGUGGCCCUGCGAAUAUUGCCGAUGAGGCUGUAUCGACGAAAGGAAGAGAGGUUGCAUCUGCCACGCGCUCACGUGACCCGGCUGUAGCAGCAGCAGGGAGUGAGACAGCGGAGGUGAGUGGCGCUACGGCUGAUGCUUCUGCUAAGCUCAAAACAAUACCUUCUGGAGCAGCAGAGCGUGAGAGGUCAGGCGCAUCUGGUGCAGCAGGGCCGUCUGGUGCAGCAGGGCCAUCUGGUGCAGCAGGGCCGUCUGGUGCAGCAGGGCCGUCUGGUGCAGCAUGGGCGUCUGGUGCAGCAAUAGAUUGUAGUGAAGAACCCAAGGCUGUUGCUAGCACUGCCGCUCCUGCUGCUCCUGCUGGUUCUGCCACUCCUCCUGCUCCUCCUGCAGGGUCUCUUUCUGCUGACGGUGGUUCUGUGAAGCAAAUCACGCAGGGCCACAAGGAGCCAACCACGCAGGGUCAAUCAGGCGGUGGUGUGGAUGGCGGAGGCAGCGCUGUGGGGAAGGAUCACGGGGAUGGUGUCAAACAAGCACGGGGACCCCGAGAGAAAGAAUCACCUCAAGAGGUGCAACAGACGAGGAUCCGAACCGUAAAGGGGCGAGGAGAGGGGGUUGAAGCAGAGCAACUGAAGGGAACAACGGAGUCCAGAGGAGGGGGGAAGACAAAGCAGAGGCAGGAGAGUGAGGAGCCCCCAGAAGGAGGUGAUGAGAUGGUGGUGGAAGUGUCACCAGAAAGAGAGCACUCUGUUGUUCAAGUUCCUGUAGCACCCCCGAAAAAGUCUCUCGCAUUGACCCAAGAGUUGGCUCGAGUGCCAGCAGAGAGAGGGGAGCCGGUUGUCAAAGAGCCUGUUGCGCCUCCAGAAAAGGCAAUGGGAUCUGGCCAGGAGGCCGCUGGAGUGCCAGCAGAGAAUGACAACACGGUUGCGGAGCCGUUGCAGUCACCUGAGAUACCGCCUGCAGUGCCUUCAGUGGCAGAGCAGGGCAGUGCGGGUGUGCAAGCGACUGGCGCCCCUCUCAUCCACGCUGGGGGGAAGCACGCGGCAGGCAGCAAAGCAAGUGGUGCUUCAGGGCCUGAUGAAAAUCACGCUGUUGUGGAACAGGGUGGUGGGAAGAAGAGUGUGGAUGGGAAGCGGGCUACAGAGGAGAAUGGUGAGCAGAGCUGCUCCGGUGAGAAGCACUCGGGUGGUGCAGGCAAAGAGGAGGCUCAUGUGGAGAGCCCACUUGAUGGAAGGUCCCAAAAGCAGGAGCAGCAGCAGCAGCCGUUGGGGCAGCAGCAGCAGCAGCAGCAGCAGCAGCUGGUGUUACAAGGGGAAGGUGUGCCGGAUGUGAAACAAGAGCAGCAACAGAUGAGUGGAGCUGAGCCGGCAGUGGUGGCUGUAGAUGAUGAUGAGGAAAUAAUUGACUUGUGUGAUGAUGAUGACGAGUGA